AUGGAGCAUCUGUCAUGGGUCGGACCAGUGGUUCGUCCGUCCUCGGAUCGUGUCUCCAGGAGCAGCUGCGUAGGAAGCAGGAUGGGGUUGCUCGGGAGCAAAAAUCAGCUGACAUCCAAUGAGAAACACACUUUUGGAAGCAACCCAAAAAACAAGAGUAAACCUCCUCCCGCCCCACCCAAGGGCAGACAAUUUAUCAGCAUCCCUCAUCUAAACCAAGCCUCUGUGCAAGAUAACUUGGUUGUGAUUGCACUGUACGAUUUUCCUGCCUCAAGUGACCGUGACCUGCAGCUGGUCAAGGGGGAAAAACUCCAAGUCCUCUCCAAUGAGGGGGACUGGUGGCUGGCAAAAUCCCUCAGCAGCGGGAGGAAAGGCUACAUCCCCAGUAACUUCGUUGCACAAGUAGACAGUUUGGAAGAGGAAAAGUGGUAUUUUAGAACUCUGAGCAGAAAAGAUGCUGAACGGCUGCUGUUGUCUUCUGGUAACAAAGUCGGGUCCUUCCUUGUCCGAGAGAGUGAAACCAGCCAAGGUGCCUAUUCCUUGUCUGUGAGAGACAGCGACUCUGCUCACGGGGACAUCAUCAAACACUACAGGAUCCGCUCCUUAGAUGGCGGGGGGUAUUACAUCUCCCCCAGGAUGACUUUCUCCAGCCUGCCAGAACUAAUCCAUCAUUACAGCCAGAAAGGGGAUGGCCUGUGCCAGCGACUCACAGCUCCCUGCAUAUCCCUGGUUCCCCAGAGACCCUGGGCACAGGAUGAAUGGGAGAUCCCACGGGAGUCUCUGAAGCUUGUAAAGAAACUUGGCAGUGGGCAGUUUGGGGAAGUGUGGAUGGGCUACUACAAGAACAACAUCAAGGUGGCUGUGAAGACCAUGAAGGAGGGCAGCAUGGAUCCUGAUGCCUUCUUGGCAGAGGCAAACUUGAUGAAGAGACUCCAGCAUAACAAACUGGUCCGACUAUAUGCAGUAGUCACGAAGCAGCCUAUCUACAUUGUGACAGAGUACAUGGCCAAUGGGUGUUUGCUGGAUUACCUGAAGACAGAAGAAGGAAGCCAACUGAAUCUCCCCAAACUCAUUGAUAUGUCUGCUCAGGUGGCAGAGGGAAUGGCGUACAUCGAGCGCAUGAACUCCAUCCACCGUGACUUGAGAGCCGCCAACAUCCUCGUCUCAGAGACGCUCUGCUGCAAAAUUGCCGAUUUUGGCCUGGCCAGGAUCAUCGAGAAUGAAUACUUGGCACAAGAAGGUGCCAAAUUCCCCAUCAAAUGGACAGCGCCGGAGGCCAUUAACUUCGGAGUUUUCACCAUCAAAUCUGACGUGUGGUCUUUUGGGAUCCUCCUGACAGAAAUCAUAACCUACGGCAGGAUCCCUUACCCAGGGAUGACCAACCCCGAAGUGAUUCGCAACCUGGAGAGGGGCUACCGCAUGCCCUGCCCGGACAUGUGCCCCGGCGAACUCUACAAUAUCAUCCUGAAGUGCUGGCGAAACAAGCCCGAGGAGCGCCCGACCUUUGAGUACCUGCAGUCGGUCCUUGAGGACUUUUACACUGCCACGGAGAAGCAGUAUGAGCCGGAGCCUCAGCAGUAA